AUGCGCUUCUCUCCACCAACAAAGUCUUCUCCGCACUGCCUUCCUAGUCCCGAUGGGACUCUGGUGGCUACUCUCUUCCCAGGCGUGGUCAACGUCCGCCAAGUAGAGUCGUUGCAAAUCAUCAAUGUCAUCAAGCUGCCGCAGGACAUGACUGGACCCAUUCUCGGCUUCCGAUGGUCCCCCACGUCCCAGCGCAUUCUGGUUGCCGUCGAGGACCAGAUCCAUGUCUUCUCUGCCCUCCAGGACAACCCCUUCCACGCAGACAUCCGGAAUCCCACCCCUCCAGGUGCGAGGCCCGCUUUUGUAGACUUUGAUCCAAGCGGAAGCCGAGUCUUCAUCUGUUCAUCCUUUGGGCUCAAGUUCUCCGUCUUUGACCUUCAGACACUGAAGGCAUCCGAGAUCAGCAACCCCAAAUUCUUCAGUGGGGCUACUGCCUCCAGAGGCUUCUCAGUCCGGCGCGGGACACGUCAUUUGGCACUCCUGACCCGGUCUGCGGGUAAGGACAUGGUCAGCAUCCACUCUUCAUCUACACUCGAUGUCCUGAGAUCCUGGUCCCCGGAUACUAUUGACGCUCAAGGGCUUGUGUGGAGCCCGGAUGGCCAAUGGCUCGUCGUCUGGGAGUCUGCAGGCCAGGGCCACAAGGUGUUGUUCUAUACGCCCGACGGGCAUGUGUUCAGGACUUGGAUGGGGCCACAGGGGCCGGAUGCAGAAGAUCGCAGGCUUGGUGCGGGCGUCAAGGCAGUGCAGUUCUCUCCCGAUGCGAAGCUGCUCGCUGCGGGUGACAGCACUUGGUGCAUAUGCAUCAUCAAUAUGGAAUCCGUAAGCGAGGGCAUGAGACUACAGCACCCGGCUAUCGUGGAACCUAGAGACACCCUUCAGGUCUGGCAAGAACAAGGCACGUCCACUAUGACUGGCCAUUCAGUAUUCGAAUUUGUCAAGGCUACACAGGCACUCGCGCCUCCUGGACGAGCGCCUGGUGAGAAAUCCGAGUCGAAAACUGGGAUUUCUCGGAUUGUCUUCGACAGCACCUCAGCCCUGGUUGCUACCAAGCUUGAGGACUUCCCGACAACCAUCUGGAUAUGGGACGUUCAGUCUUCCGAACUCAGAUCAGUACUAAUGUUUCAUGCACCGAUCGUCGACUUUUCGUGGCAUCCAAAGGUUAGGGAAACACUUCUAGUGCAGUGUGACGGAGAACAAAAUGGGCACAUGUCGUUUGUCUGGGAUCCUCUGUCGGAGGGCCCAAGAUCCAUCAGCUUCCGUCACCAUCGCUCGGAAGCGAGCCGUCCCAGCAAGGUUCGCAGCUCGUGGCUGAAUGUUGAAACAACAGACUGCCCCACCGUGUUCUUCACCGACGGAAUCGAGUACAUGUUUGCCUGCAUGGCAGACUCCGACCAAGACAUGCCCCCGUGGCAGGUGCCAUCGAACGCCGACUGGCCCAGUGCUGAGCGCAGAGCCGAAUCACCAUUGGAGCUGGUCCCCGCAGGCGAAAUUGAUGCAGACGAGAGCGAGGACGACGAAUUGGACGAUACGUUCCACUUCAAACGAGAGGUGUGA